AUCAAACUUAUAUUUCAUCAUUUGCCAUUUAGUUUUCAUAGAAGCUGUUUAUAACUGUUUACUGUUUGUCGUCUUGUCCAACUAAAUAAACCCAUUUAUAAGGUAAAACAAUUUGAUGGCUUUUAACGGGCAAAAGUCAUCCUUAGGUGCUCGACUCGCAAUUGAUAAAUUAACCAAGAAAUCUCAUGAAUCCAAUAAUCAACGAACCCAGAUUGGAAUAUGUCAAAGUCUACUUAAACAACAUUCAACAUUGUUGCAAGUAUUAAUAGUUGUUUCAAUUUUAUCAAUUCUACCAUUAAGUUCCAACGGUUUAAGUUUCAAUGAUGAAUUUUACGAAAGAUUACCUGCACAAGCGAUUGCCUCGAUAGGAACUGAUGCCAAUGAGUACGAGGAUGGGUUGCAGGUUUACACUAGUCAAGAGUUUACUCGAUCCUGUUUUGUCAAGAUCAACUAUAAACAAAUGUGCAUCGAGUAUGGACCAAACUGUGAAUUCAAGUUUGAAUGGAGUUAUCCUGAGUCACUUCUGGAGCAAAUCAAGAAAGGGUUUGAUCCACGAAUAAGGAUUCAAGAUGAUUUACCUGUUAGUCUCAAGAAUAAUCCAGAUUAUCAGAUUUACUCUUCUCAUUUACUGAUUGCCAAUACUGGCUACUCUCAUCAUGGUAUCUGGUCAUGCAAUUUCAAGUUCAUUAACAAUGAUAAUGGUAAAAUUGAUUCAUGGCAACAUACGUUUAACAUCGAUAUAAUUGAAAAUGGAGUUCGAGGUUCACCAUGUGCAACCAAUGACCAUUGCUCGAGUAACUAUUGUAAAAAUGAUCUGUGUGUUUGUGAUGCUGAUGCACCCAUUUUGAUUGGCGAUUUAUGCAAAAAAGCUCCAAAACUUGGCGAAAACUGUGCCGUCGAUGCCGAUUGUGAGAUAAACAUUGAAGAUGCUAAAUGCUUCUGUACUAAUCCGUCAAAUUUGACGACUAAUGAGGAUUGCUCGAACUUGGGUAAAUGUCAAUGUCCACCUUCAUACAUUGCUGUCAACUUGGGUCUUGGAAGCUAUCGUUGUCUAAAAAAAGCUCGAAUCAAUGAACAUUGCUAUCGAAGUCAGCAAUGUGAAGCUAUCGACCCAUCUACCUACUGUUCAUUCAAAAAUCGUUGCACCUGUCGAUCUGGAAAAACUUGUAUAACACCAUCAAUUAGACUUUGCAAUACUAAACUAGAUUGUAAUAAUAUCAAUGAAUACUGUGGCAAUGGACGAUGUCAAACGGUUAAAGAUCUCAAUGAAGCUUGCACAUCUUCAGAUGAAUGUGAUCCAAACGCUCAGUGUUCACCGACCAGAUCAGUUUGCGUUUGUUCGCCUGGUUACAAAGUAUCGCCUGUUAAAAUGAUUUGCAUUCCCAAAGAGUAUUGUUACACUGAUUUAGACUGUGAACACGGUUAUUGCAGUGACAAUUCAACUUGUAUUCAAGGAGUUCCCCUGUUGGGUCAAUGUUAUGCCACUAAACAAUGUCAGGCCUACGAUGCAAACAGCUACUGUGAUGAUGAAACAAACAAAUGUACCUGUGGACCCGGUUAUUACAAAAAUUCAGAAGGCAGUUGUCUGUUGGAAGGUACAUGCUAUAAUGACGAAGAUUGUGACCAAGAGAAGGGUGGCCUUUGUUACUACAACGAGUGUGUUUAUCGCAAAAAACUGCAUUCUUCAUGUAAAGAGGCAAGACAAUGUUUCCUUUCAACCAAAUACAGUCUCUGCGAUGAAGGUAAAUGUGCUUGUCUGAAUGGACGUGAAUUGGGCCAAGAUACUUGUCCACAGUACAAAAAUUGUCAAGUUAAUAGUGAUUGCUCAAAAAUAAUCAAUUCUCACUGUCACCGAGAGAAACUGGUUUGCACCUGUAAUGCUGAUCAUAUCCUCAACAUCGACGGCUAUUGUUACAAAAAAGCUUUAUCGCCAUCUUCAGAUAAAGGUGACUUUUGGAUUAAACUUUGGAACGAUUACUACAUUUACAUAAUAAUUGGAGCUGCAAUCGCUGGUUUCUUGCUUUCAGUCAUCAUUUGUUACUGCUGUAAAUUAUGUAGUCCCAGUAGAUCCAAUCAGCCUAGUCGCAGGACUGGUCGAACUAGGGGUGGAUUUGAUAAACCAGUUUCGGGAGUUUACGUACCCAAUCCGCCUUCAGCACCACCGCCACCUUAUCAACCCUCAACCAUAUCUAGAAACUUUUGAUACUCAAGAUAAAUUGAACGUCCAUUCAUUUUGUAAAAUAAGUUAGUGACAAAGAUCAAGACAAUGAUUGUAAAAAGUAAAGUUUUAAACUCGAGAUUGACAAAACAUUUGUGGUCACCGCUGUGCAGACCAUUUGUAAUGACCAACUUGCAAUUGCAAAAGUAUUAUAAAUGUUAGUUAUAACUUAUAAGUACAAAUAAAUAAAUUGUUGCAAUAAA